AUGGAAAUAACAGAGAAACGUUCCAGCACUGCACCGGAGGACGCAAUCGUCCCAACGGCUGAUGGUGAAGUCUCGGAUCUGAUCAAUGCAUCCGGCCACAUUCAAGAACUCGACCGCAACUUCAACCUGCUUUCUGCAGCCGGUGUUGGGUUAGUGGUUGGUAAUGUCUGGCCCGCCGUGGGAGGUUCGAUCCUGGUAGCCAUCUUCAAUGGAGGUCCUCCCGGUGUUAUCUAUGAAUUCAUCGUUGUCUCAAUCUUCUACUGGAUUGUUGCGGCUUCGAUAGCUGAACUGGCGUCGGCCAUCCCUUCCAGCGGAGGCAUCUAUCAUUGGGCGUCGGUGACACCAGGUAAGAAAUCGGGUCGUGUAAUCGGGUUUUACGCUGGGUACUGGAACUGGCUAGCUUGGGUGUUUGGAUGUGCCUCCAUGAGCUUCAUUUUCGCAAACACGAUCGUCCAGAUGUAUGGCGUCACUCACAGUGACUUUGAGGCCAAACAGUGGCACGUCUUCGUUACAUAUCUCAUCGCGACUUGGCUCGCAUGCGCAUGUGUCUGUUUGUUCAACAGUGCAAUGCCACAUCUGAACACUGUGGGAAUAGUCCUCAUUCUCGCCGGAUUUUUCAUUACGAUUGUCGUAGUUGCGGCCAUGCCUGGCUCAGGUGGACGCCCACCACAUGCGACCUCAAGUUUCGUGUGGACGGAAUGGACUGCUGAUAUUGGAUACCCAAAUGGCUUCGUCUUUGUUGCAGGGAUGUUGAACGGCGCAUAUGCUGUCGGGACUCCAGAUGCUGUCAGCCACAUUGCUGAGGAAGUCCCUAACCCGGGCAAAAACAUUCCCAUCGCGAUCGGCACCCAGAUGGCCAUCGGGUUUUUCACAGGACUGUGCUAUAUCAUUGCGAUCAUGUACGCCAUCAACGACUAUGAUGCCUUGUUUGACUCAGCCUUCCCCAUUGCGGAGAUCUAUCGUCAGGCGACCGGUUCAGCCGGCGGUGCAAUCGGUCUGCUCUGUCUGCUCCUCUUCUGUGUAGGAGUCUGCAUGGUAGGCGUAUACAUCACUGCUGGCCGGACGUUGUGGGCGCUCGCACGGGAUGGAGCAACGCCCUUCCCUCAUCACCUUGGCAAGGUGGCUCCACGAUUGGGAAUGCCUCUCAUUGCGACUCUGACCUGUGGCUGCAUCACAACUAUCCUGGGAUGGAAAGAGACCCUUCUGACACAACUCAGCUACAUUGCAGCAAUCCUGCCACACUUGCUGACAGGCCGGAAAAAUAUCCAAUUCGGUCCUUUCCAGCUGAAGAAGUUUGGGGUUGCCUUUAACUUCAUCGCUUGCGGGUAUAUGAUCGUAUGGUUUGUUAUUUACUGUUUUCCAUUUGCCUUGCCCACAGAUGCCCAAACAAUGAAUUAUGCCUGCUUGAUCUGGGGAGGUCUGACGAUCCUGGUGACUAUUUGGUGGUUUAUUGGCGAAAGUCGUUAUAUUGGGCCAAAGACCACUGGAGGAAUCACUACUGAGAUUGAGCAAGUGAGGAGGGCAAGCGCCACAAAGAGAACAAGUGUAUGA